UUGCGGAAAGUUUCCAGUGGGGAGUGGGGAGCUGCGAUGUUGAUGCGCCGCUUUCAUUCAUCAAUGGCGGUAUCAUCAUCACUAUCUGUAUCUAUUUUCAAGGUUCUUCCAUGGCGGUCUAUGCGACCAAGCAAAGUGUUCAUCACCACCACCACCACCACCACUACAACGACAAUCACUCUUCACACUCCUAACCCUAGAUGCAACAACACCGCUCUCUCCUUUUGUUCCAACUCCACCGAACCCGCCGACCUAUGCCCGCAACAUUCCUCAAAACAAAGCCCUUUGAUACCUGGAUUGUAUCUUGUAGGAACUCCAAUUGGGAACCUUGAAGAUAUCACUUUAAGAGCUCUGCGUGUGUUAAGAUCAGCUGAUGUGAUACUUUCUGAAGAUACGAGGCAUUCGGGGAAGUUACUUCAGCAUUACAACAUCAAAACUCCUCUUCUAAGUUAUCAUAAAUUCAAUGAGUCUCAAAGAGAACAAGCAGUUCUGAAGAGAUUGCAACAGGGUGAAAUUGUGGCCCAAAUCAGUGAUGCAGGAACACCAGGCAUAAGUGAUCCUGGUAUGGAAUUGGUUAAGUUAUGUGUGGAUGAAAAUAUUCCUGUUAUUCCUAUCCCUGGUCCGUCUGCUUUUGUUGCUGCACUUUCUGCCUCAGGUUUGGCUACUGACAAGUUUACAUUUGUUGGAUUUCUGCCCAAACAUGCCGGAUCAAGGAAGGAGAGGUUGAUUGUAUCUGCAAAGGAAGUAGAAACGCAGAUAUUCUAUGUUCCUCCUCAUAAGCUUCAUCAAUUUAUUGAAGAGGCUUCUUCUAUUUUUGGUGACUGUAGGUAAAUAUUUGAGGAAGAU